GUUUACUCCUUGGAUGGUCUGUUAGUUCUAGCCCUGUUGGUAGUGUGCACUUGUGCUUACAUAACAAAAGUUCCCAGACUUAAAUCUUUUUUUCUUUCUGAAAAGAAAGGAUUCUUUGGGGUAUUUUAUAAAGGUAAGUCAAUGUUCUUAAAUAAAGAUAAUUAAUUAAAGCAGUGCUCUGACAAAAUUUGCUGGUAGCCCAACUGAACCUAGUUUGAUCAAGCAAACUAGCCUCCUCUGCAUGUGAGGGUUCUGGGGGCGGGAAAGAAAGAAGAGAGAUCUUGAAAUCAUGUCUCAGGAAUUUGAAAUCCACCUUCAGUGCUCCUUUUGGCUACUCUCAACUGAGCUAUCAUAGUUUGGCCUAUUGGUGCGGAGUGAAACAAACAUCAAAUGUAAAUAAACAUUAAAAAAAGCACAUGAAUGAUAAAUUUCCCUCAAGCUUGCUUGAGCUGUUACCAAUAGAAGGUCCUAAAUUGUGUGAUUGUCAUUGUCACCCACCAUGUUUAAUUCCUUCCCUACUUGGCAACCACACCUACCAAAAUGUCUGCAUAUACCCAACAAAAAGGUGUAUCGCCUUCUAUGAUCUUCCUGUUUUAGGUCCUAAAUUGUGUGAUUGUCAUUGUCACCCACCAUGUUUAAUUCCUUCCCUACUUGGCAACCACACCUACCAAAAUGUCUGCAUAUACCCAACAAAAAGGUGUAUCGCCUUCUAUGAUCUUCCUGUUUAUAGGAUCUCCCUUCCUCUAUGUGAACAGCCCUGAAACCUUUUCCCAGGCUGUUCUCCUACUUAUCUCCUAAGAAAAAAACGUGGGAACAAGGUUGAUGUAUAAUAUACAGUCAACUCUCUCUAAGACGGACACCUUUGGGACCGGCACUAAGUGUCCGUCUUAGAGAGGUGUCCGUCUUAUAGAGAGUCAAAUAAAAGGAGUAAAGAAAGGUAGGGACCAACUCUAGGUGUCCGUUUUACAGAGGUGUCCGUCUUAUAGAGGUGUCCGUUAAGAGAGAGUCAACUGUAGUGACUAGAAUUUCAUUCAUUUUUCUUUUUUUUUUCAGCUGCAGUUAUCGGAAUUCGUCUUCACUGGGCAGUGGCAUUGUCUUGUUUUCUAAUGGCACUCUAUGUUCUCAUACUAAAGUAA